ACCCACAAGAGAGGUAUCCAUUGGCACAGAUACACAGGUGGUCCCAAAAUCCGGCAGAGAAUGGGGAGAAGACAGUUUACAAAUGUUUAAACACUGCAUGGUAUGUCAUAAUAAAAAUAUAGGACUGCUUGCUUUGUUGGACCUCAACUUUCCUUCUGUAUUGCUAUAUACAAGUGCAUGGAAGACAAUGUGAGGCUCCAAAAAACAUUUAUCCUUUGUUAAAAAUGUCCACUUACAUGCACAAGGAAUAUUCCCAACUACAGCCAAUGCAGCAUAUUCUUCAUGGGAAAGCAGAUAUCAAAAGUUCUCCCUCUGCCAUAAACUCUUCAGUGCCGUACAGUGGCACAGUGCCUAUGGAUCAAAGUCCAAUGUACACUCCCUCUUCUUACUUGGAUAGCAGGCAUGACUACCCAUCAAUAACAUUCUGCAGCCCAUCUCUUAUAAACUAUAAUGUUCCUGGAAGUGAUUCGGAAAGUUCUGUGCUGAGACAGACGGUAAGCCCGGGUUUGCUGUGGACAUCUCCAGACCAUAUGUCCCCUGUGACUUUGCACUGCCAAUCUUCUCUCCUGUAUACUGAGGCACCAACAAGCCCAUGGUUUGAAGCUAAAUCUGAAGAACAUAUUCUGCCACUCAGUCGAGAGUCACUAAAAAGGAAAUCUAUGGGGAGUGAAUGUGCGAACAAUGUUGGUAGCAACCCCGGCUCAAAGAGAGACACUCACUUCUGCGCUGUGUGCAGUGAUUAUGCCUCUGGAUAUCAUUAUGGAGUGUGGUCCUGUGAAGGCUGCAAAGCUUUCUUCAAGAGAAGCAUUCAAGGACACAAUGAUUACAUCUGUCCAGCCACGAACCAAUGCACAAUAGACAAAAACAGGCGAAAAAGUUGCCAAGCUUGCCGGCUGAGAAAAUGCUUUGAAGUAGGAAUGAUGAAAUGUGGAACAAGACGAGAACGAUGUGGUUAUCGCAUUGUACGUCAUCGAAGACACUCGGACGAUCAGAUGCACUGUCUGGCGAAGAACAAAAAGCUGACGGACAACAUCCAGCGUGUAAAGGAAAUCAGUGCAAGUUCCUUGGGGCCUGAACAGUUUGUUCUUAUCAUUAGUGAUGCAGAACCUCCCAAUGUGAUGUUAAUGAACCGUCUCUGCAAACCCUUUACAGAAGCCUCUAUGAUGAUGUCUUUGACCAAGCUUGCUGACAAGGAACUGGUUCACAUGAUAGGAUGGGCCAAGAAAAUUCCAGGUUUUGUGGAGCUAAGCUUGUAUGACCAAGUACGUCUGCUGGAGAGCUGUUGGCUGGAGGUUCUAAUGAUGGGACUAAUGUGGAGAUCAAUUGAUCACCCCGGCAAGCUUUUAUUUGCCCCAGAUCUUACCCUUGACAGGGAUGAAGGGAAGUGUGUGGAAGGAAUUCUGGAAAUAUUUGAUAUGCUGCUAGCAACAACAUCUAGACUGAGAGAGCUUAAACUUCAACAUAGAGAGUUUCUGUGUCUCAAGGUUAUGAUCCUCCUCAACUCUCAUAUGUUCCCACUGACCAGUUCAGAGGAGGAGUCUGAGAGCAGUAGGAAACUACACCACCUGUUGAACACAGUGACCGAUGCUUUGGUUUGGGUUAUUGCCAAGAGCGGCAUUCCCUUCCGCCAGCAGUCAACUCGUUUGGCUAAUUUACUCAUGCUUCUUUCUCAUGUUAGGCACGCCAGCAAUAAAGGCAUGGAGCAUCUGCUAAGUAUGAAAUGCAAGAACGUGGUGCCUGUGUAUGAUUUGCUGCUGGAGAUGCUGAAUGCACAUACCCUGAGGGACCAUAGGAAGUCCACACUGGCUAUUUCUAACUACAGUUCCAAAGCUGAAAGCGAAGCAAGGGAUGCAGGCCAACCCACCCAGUGACUGCUAAACUCGUGCUGCAUGUAAGGGACAGUAACCAACGUUUUUCAAGAGAGAACUCUUUUUGCCCACAGAAGCUGCUGUAGUUGCUGAUUUUUAAGACCCAGAUGGAUAAGUGAAUUUUCAUUUGGAAUAUUUUGUAUAUUUCCACUGAGAAUAAAUUAUUCAAGA